AAAUAAAAAAGUCUGCAGCAGGAAGAGAAGGAAACUGUAAGACGGGAACCACGAUGGUUUCAGCUGCUCGGUGAACUUUAUUUCUAGACUUUGUUCAAAGUCUCGGGGUCCGUAAUUAAAAAGGAAGUUGAGUUGAAUGAAACUGAAAGUAGUGACAAAGAUUCUUGUAGAGACCUUUUAAAAAAGCAGCGACGAUGACUUCCGUCGACAUGGAUUUGGGUAAAUAUUUGUCCCGCAUUGGGUUCUCUGGCCCGGUUGAGCCCAGCCUGCAGGUGCUGAGGUCGGUUCACACCUGUCACCAGCUGUCGGUACCGUUUGAAAACCUCACGGUACACAGCGGCGGUCGAGUCCAACUUGACCCUCCUCUUCUUUAUGACAAGAUAGUGAACCAGCGUCGAGGAGGUUUCUGCUUUGAGAACAACGGCCUCUUCUCAUGGCUGCUCGACAAAAUGGGCUUCCAGGUGACUGUGCUGUCAGGCCAGGUGAGGAGUCUUAAAACGGGUCGUUACGGGCCACCUUUCGACCAUCUCAUCCUCAUGGUGAACCUUGACGGCCAGCGCUGGCUGUGCGACGUCGGCUUCGGUGUCCCGUGCUUCAGCGUCCCCCUCUCACUGGAGACCAGGGGCCUCCAGGAGCAGGGCCACCGGGUGUACCGCAUCAGGGAGGGCAUGGGGAUGCUCUUCUUGGAGUGGCAGCGGGAUGAGAACAGAGGACCGGAUGGAGACUGGGCAGAGAUCUACAAGUUCACCCUUGAACCCCGGCGUUUGGAGGACUUUGCUGAGAUGUGCCAGUACCACCAGAGCUCCCCAUGCUCCAUCUUCUUCUGCAAGUCCCUCUGCACGGUUUUAAAACCAGGCGGAAGGCUCACCUACAUUGGCCGCAGAUUGAUCAGCGUCACAUUUCCAACAGAGGGGACAGGGAGGGAGGUGGAAACCACAACCAGGGAGCUCAAAGAUGAGGAGAUCCCAGGAGUUUUAGCAGAGCAUUUUAGGAUUGUGUUAAAGUCUCCACUCAUACCAAAGGAUGAGACAAUCACACCACCACCAGUUAUGUAUUGAUCAUGCUUCCAUGUGAGGUAUCUCUGUCGUACAACAAGAUUUAUGAGAACAUGCAACAAAAAAAGAUAAAUUGUCAGUUUGAUUUAAUAAAUUAUACAUACACUUUUAAGAUGUACAAUGGUCAUUGCAUUAAUCCAUAUCCAUCUUUUUUCUUUUUUUUUUUUAAGACAAAGUCUGCGUUCAAAGUAUUUACACAUGUACAAUUAUCAGGCAGCACUUUACAAAGCAAGGCAUGAACGACAAUACAGAUGUGGAGCUUCAAAUCAAACCUCUAACCCUCACCCUCCUGCCAACUCCCAUUUCUUCCUCUGAUAGGAUUUACUCAGCUGUCCCAUGGUUAUAAUACACUUCCCCCAUCCCACCUUUGAUGGGCGUGAAAGGGAAUUCAAGCAAUUGAACGACAUCCAUUAAAUCCACCAAGAUCCAUGGGAGAUUCAAAAGAAUUAAGGUCCGAGGACUGA